ACGAUACAAUUAUAAGUUGUCAGCUGUCAAAAACAUCAAAAACAGAUGUAGCUUUGACAUUUUCUCAGUCGAAAUAUUUAAGAAAAUAAACAAUAUUAAUUACGACUAAUAAAACCUUAUAAAGUCUAAAAUGGGAAAAGUUCCAUUACGUGAUAUUUCUCCUGUUUUACAGGCUUUUAGGAAUUUCCUUCUAGGAAGACAACACACCAACGCUCUGAGAUUUGAGCCGCUCGUAUCUGCUAGGACUCAACCUCCGCCAGAAAUUCCUGAUGGAGUAACACAUAAACAUGCCCAUAAUUACUAUUACACUCGUGAUGCCAGGAGGGAAGUUACACCACCUCUGGUUAUAACUCAACAGUUGUUGACAGACAGCAGUGCCGAUCAGGGAACUCCUAAAGCUGCUGCUAAUGUUAGACCAACACCGGGAAAGCUUUAUAACUGGGACAAGCAUUACGAAUGAAUAACGUAAAUUGAGAUAUGUUAUGUAUAGGUCAAAUUAUAGAAAAACAACCAAUUA